CGUACAUGUCUCUGCAACAAGUCGACUACGGUAUUCGCGAAGACGGCGAACCUCUGCCGCUGUUUGUGCGUCCGAAAGACGACAAUUCAAAGCAGUUUCUACAGCGUUGGCUCGACAACAACAAGGAGUGGCUGGAACAGAAGCUACUCGAGCACGGCGCAGUCAUGUUUCGAGGUUUCGACAUUCGGUGUGCUGCUGACUUCGAGGCUGCUGUAAGGAGAGUGCAGCCGGAGUUGAGUGAUGAGUACCGCGGUACGUCACCUCGCCGUCUCAUACCAGGAACAGAGGCUGUUUUCUCUGCUUCUGAAUUGCCAGGAUACUACCCUAUUGCUCAACACAUUGAGAUGAGUCAGCUGCCUGCACCUCCUCGGAAAGUCAUGUUUUGCUGCCUUGAUCCACCAACCUCGUUUGGUGGCGAAACCUCUCUUUGUGACUUCCGCAAGGUCUACAGAGAUCUAGACCCUGAAGUAAGGAGUAAGUUUCAGGAGAAAGGAGUGAUGUACGUGAAAAAUUAUACUCGUAAUGGGAAAAAAUGGUCCAUCGAUCCUACCAUGUUGAAAGGCUGGGAGGAACUGUUUGGCACUACAGACAAAACUGUUGUCGAUGAAGAGUGUCGCAAAUCCAAUAUUGACAUCACCUGGAAGGAUAACGAUGCAGUGAAGUUGGUGAACCGAGAAGCAGCAAUUCAGUAUCAUCCAGAAACCAAUGAACCUGUUUGGUUCAAUCAUGUUCAGGUUUUCCACUUGACCAUGCUCAAAGAUGAGCUGUACCGUUUCAGCCACCGUUCAAAGUCAUUCUUCUUUCUCCUUCUCUCUUAUCUAAUGGCUAUAAUAAAUUGGCUAGCCAUGACAGUGGUGAGGCACACAGAGUUUGGGUUUUAUACAUUCUAUGGCGACGGUACUGAAGUGACCGCUUCCGAGUUGAGAAGCAUUGGAGACACAAUUUGGAAGAACAUGGUCUUCAAUAGAUGGGAGAUGGGGGAUAUACUAAUGAUUGAUAAUUUCAGUACAUCACAUGGCCGACAGCCAUACUCAGGAAAACGGAAAGUAGUUGUCUGCUGGUCACCUCCAUGCCAGAAGCCAAAGGCUUACAGACAAUGAACUCGGCAUACUGUCACACCCGUACAUUUCUCAUUGUAUUUCGACCAUUUAGUUAGUCAAGAUCUACAACAAUACGAGUUCAGACAUUUGCUGCAACAAGGAAUUUCUAGCAAUUUUGUUGAAUACUUAAUUAGUUUGCACUAAAGCAGUAACUUAAACUGCUAUAAUUAUCAGUGUUCUGUCCAGGAUUUUCAGAGUGGUGCUACUGCUUUAAGGGGCGUGGUUUACAUGAUCUAGCUUCUAUCCUCUAUUUCAGCAUAAGUAUCCUCAUGCCUUUUCAUGCUUUCAUCCGUCGGCGACUCUGCCACUACUUGUGACCCGUCAUCACUACUCUCAAUGCUUUCACUGAUGCUGGAAGUCUCAUCUGGCUCCAAUCGAUGAUGUUUCCGGGAGAAAUACUUCAAUAAAGACA